AUGAGUGCCGACGACCUGAUUAAAGAGUCGCUGCUGCCGAGGCGCUAUCAAGAAGAAAUAUUCUCAAGAGCACAACAAGGGAAUGUUAUUGCGGCGAUGGAUACUGGCUCUGGUAAAACCCUCGUCAGUUUACUCCUCAUCAAAUGGAUUUCUUCGCAGGAAAAAUCCAUUGGUAAACUUAUAGCCUUUCUGGUCCCGAAGGUCGCGCUCGUGGAACAGCAAUACGCGUUCAUCCUUAAUAACUCGUCCCUAAGAGUCGCAAAAUUCCAUGGAGCACUAGACUUAGAUUUAAGUGAUAGAAUCGGGUGGAAGGAACGUCUCGAAGGCUGUGACGUGGUUGUAAUGACUGCCCAGGUAUUCCUCAAUAUCUUGACCCAUUCACUUUGGGCUCUAGAUAAGGUAUCGUUGAUGAUUUUUGAUGAAUGUCACCAUGCUCGAAAGAAUCAUCCAUAUAAUGGCGUUCUACGCGAAUAUUUUCAUAGUCCUACUCAUCUUCGCCCGAAGAUCUUUGGAAUGACGGCUUCUCCUAUCUGGAAUGUAAAGGAUCCACGAGGAUCUCUAGCUAGUCUGGAAAAAAAUUUGGACGCGAAAGUCACUGCAGUCCGCGAUCACGUUCAAGAACUCGUUGCUCAUUCUCCCAAAGCCACGGAAUUGGUUAGAGUUUACUCCCGUCCUCCUGCAGAAUAUGACUUCCCUUCACCCACCUUAUUCCAGUGCCUCAAAGUUAUUGAUAUCCAGCUCUGGAAUCAGUUGGACAUCCCUUGGGCAAAUAUAGAAAACCGCUAUCUUGUCACACUGAAUGACCUGGGACCAUAUUGUGCUUCUUUGUUUCUCUAUCAAGAAAUUCAUUACCAUGCUUGUAGAGUGAUUGUCGAGAACAAGCAAUCGAUCGUGGCAAAACUUGAUGAUGUGAUGGCAAUGGAGGGAAUUCUACCUGUUCCUCCUUCAUGCUCGACGCCUUUUCCAGAUGACUUCUCCUUACUUGCUGAUAUCCUUUAUGAAUACACGGAUAUAUUUCCAACUGGGACUAGCGGUCUGCCACUCUCAACGCAUGUGCCAUUGGCUUGGUGCACACCAAAAGUGAAGCUACUGGUCGACAUCCUGUGUGCCUUUCUCACUGGGCAAGGGACAAAUAGCGAUGGAAUCUCAAAGCAAACAGAUCGCACUCAUGGAGACCCUGUGAAACGUUUUAGGGACCGCCAAAUUAAUAUUCUCGUUGCGACAUCAGUUGCUGAGGAAGGGUUAGAUUUUAAGGAAUGUGAUCUUGUUGUCCGGUUUGAUCCUCUUCAACAUAUGGUUGGAUAUGUUCAGUCCCGAGGCCGAGCGAGAAAGGAUGGGUCAACAUAUGUUGUGAUGAUCCAAGAGAACGACACAGCCCAGCUCGAAAAGUAUCAUGCUCUAAAACAGAAAGAGCCUGAAGUCAAUCGCGUCUACCAAACUCGUCAUAUGGAUAUUGAUGAUGAUGAAUCUGGCAGCGACGAUGAAACGGACCCUGUCGAUAUGAUGGCACGUGAGAGAUAUGUUGUACCAUCCACAGGAGCUGUACUCAACUACGACAACUCCCUGAACCUCCUCAAUUAUCUUUGUUCCCUCAUUCCUUGUGACGCAUUCACCACCGCUCAUGUUCCUAAGUACGGAGGUGACUUCCAGGCUACAGUCCAGCUUCCUCGAGCUUUACCUCUCUCACCUGAGGACCUUUUCUUUUCUGGCCCAAUCAGGCGGUCCAAAAGGGAAGCUCGACGAGCUGUCGCCUUCAAGGCUGUAAAACGGUUAAAAGAACUCGAUGUCUUUGAUGAAUACCUCCUUCCCAUGGCGAAACACUCGGAAGAUGGAGAAUCGAUAGGAAAAACCCACCGUCCCCAGAAAACUAAGCGUCCUGAAAUACCCGUGAUUAUGAAUGUGUUGAUUCGCGACCCAUGGUGUAUUGGAAAUAAAUUAUGGAUUCAUCCUAUUGUCAUCGGUGAACGGCUUGUCGCAGGACUGGUAACUGGUACUCCACUGCAUCCGGAAGAAAUAACCAUUGCUGGGCAACCGGUGAAAACACUCCCAGCAAAACUUCUCACUUUUGAAAAGGAUGAUGAAUACGACCAAAGAGCAGUUAUGCACGAAUUCACCAAAUUAGGAAUUUGGUAUACCAUCACUUCAAGACCCUUAACUUCUUCUCUCAGCCUUUACCUCGUGCCGGUCACAGCUGCACUAUUGCCCGACUUCCAUGCAAUGGAGCUACUCUUGUCGAACCCUCAUGGCAUUAGCGACUGGAGUCAAGUAUCGGAAGAAGAUUACGAAAAGUUAGUUGUCAUCUCCGUCAAUCACUGGGGGAGUAUCCAUCUGCUCCGAAGGAUUCGUCAUGAUUUGUCUCCCAUGUCCGUGCCUACACCCGGUUCUCGAGAAGCUGCGGGCGCAACCUAUUAUGAAUACUGGAUGGCAAAAUGGGCAAGAAAAAAACGUCCGGCUCUCGUUCCAUGUGACGGUCCGCUCUUAGAGGCUCUACGUCGUCCACGUUCAAAUAUGGGGGCGUAUUCCAUGGAUCAUACUUCGGCCAAUACCGUCAUGGUCUCUGUGCCGGAUGGUCGUUUAUUGCCACUGAGGAAAUGUAACUGGUUGCCAAUUUCUAGCUCGAUUCUUGACGCCUUCGACGUACUUCCUGUCUUAUGUCGCCGCAUGACAGAUUGUUAUAGAGCACAAUCAGCACGAUUUGAAUUGGGAUUACCAGCUAUAACAACUAAUCUAAUUAUCGAGGCUUUCACAAUUCCGUCGGCCACGAUGCCGUUUAACAAUCAACGAAUGGAAACCUUAGGCGACGCUGUCUUGCAACUGUGCACUACUGUCCACCUCCUGAAUAAAUAUCCUAACCGACACGAAGGCCAACUGUCUAAUUUGCGACAAAGAUAUGUCCAAAAUCAAUUUCUUUUACGCAGAGCACUGGACCUUGCGUUCGGACGCUUUGUAAAUUCAGAAAUUCCGAGUAUUUUCAAAUAUAGAUAUGUGCUGCAAUCUCCGCUUUACACAGACAGUAUAAUUCCUCAAAGAUACUACAACAGUGCAUAUCCGCGACGUAGUUUGCAAGAUUGCAUGGAAGCAAUUUUAGGGGCCAGCUUUCUUGCGGGCAGCAUUCCACUUUCUUUGCAGACAGGAACCGCUUUAGGUCUUGAGUUCGGAGGAUCACUUCCAUGGUUCAUGCGCUAUAGUCAAAACAUUGAACCAACGACUAUUGCUCCUCUAUUUUCUAGCUUGGAGAAAGAUCUCGGUUAUAAAUUUCGCUAUAAUCAUCUUUUACUGGAGAGCCUCAGCCAUCCCUCGUGCACUAACUCGAACGUUCCUUCAUACCAGCGUCUAGAAUUUUUAGGAGACGCCAUCCUCGAUUUGGUGGUCAUUUAUUACCUAUUUCGCAAAUUUCCUGAUGCGACUUCUCAUCAGCUAGCUUUGCCGAGGACAAAGGCUAUUUGUUCUCCCAGCCUGGCUUAUCUAGCUGUUCGCAAAUUGGCACUACAUAAAGUGAUGCUGAGCAACAGUAUCAACUUGACCACAGCCAUUGACUUUUAUUCACCGCUGUUGGAAAACCUUUCGGGAAAAGAAAUCGUCAAAAAUGGGUGGAAAUAUGAUCCUCCUAAAGCCCUUAGUGAUGUCUUUGAGAGCGUCAUUGGAGCGGUGCUGGUGGAUUCUGGGUACGACUAUGAAAAGACAGCUAGCGUUGUAGAGCAUGUCAUGUCAGAUGUUUUGGAAGCCCUUUCUCCAGCUGUAGACAAAGAUCCUGUUAGUGAACUCUUGGAGUGGACUGCGGUGUCUGCCAGAAAAAAGAAUAAAACCUAUGAUAUGGUGGAGCAGGAGGGGAUUGCAGUCACAGUACAUGGGACUAUGAUAGUCGGACCGAUUGUCUCGGCAAGCUUGACGGUUGCAAAGUUUGCCGCUGCCGAAAGAGCUCUGACUGUUCUCAAAGAUCCCAUGUCAGAGAAUUCGCUUCUCUGUCUCUGUGAUUGUGCAUUCACAAUGAAAGUGAUGCUGCCUCCUAUUGCGAAUUUACAACAAUGCACAGAGAAUAAUUUCCCGCAGGACAAUGCAUCGGAUGAAGAAGACGAAGCGAUGGAAGUCCAAACUUAA